AUGACUUUAUCAUCCAGUGUGAGAACCUUCACGCCCUUCUAUUUUGUGGUGGAGCCCACGGACACGUUAUCUGUUCGGGGAGCUUCAGUCGUACUGAACUGUUCAGCUUUUUGUGAGACUUCUCCAAAAAUCGAGUGGAAAAAAGAUGGAACUUUUCUAAACUUGGUGUCAGAUGAUCGUCGCCAGCUGCUACCUGAUGGAUCUUUAUUAAUAAACAGUGUAGUGCAUUCCAAACACAAUAAACCUGAUGAAGGAUACUAUCAGUGCGUGGCGACUGUGGAAAGCCUUGGGACCAUUGUAAGCAGAACAGCCAAGCUCACAAUAGCAGGACUUCCCAGGUUCAUCAGUCAGCCAGAAUCGACAUCUGUCUAUAGAGGAAACAGUGCAAUUCUUAACUGUGAAGUUAAUGCUGAUCUAGUACCAUUUGUGAGGUGGGAGCAGGCCCGUCAGCCACUUUUUCUGGAUGACCGCGUGUUUAAACUACCAAGUGGAGCUCUAAUCAUUAGCAAUGCAACGGAUGGGGAUGAAGGACUGUAUCGUUGCAUCAUUGAAAGUGGUGGGUCCCCCAAGUACAGUGAUGAGGCAGAGCUUAAAAUUCUUCCAGAUCCAGAGUUUCCAUCAGACUUGGUGUUUCUGAGGCAACCCUCUUCACUUAUCAGAGUUACUGGGCAGAGUGCCGUUUUGCCAUGUGCCGCUGCAGGAUUUCCAACUCCAGUUAUCAGGUGGACAAGAAAUGAAGAAGAGCUUAUCACAGAAGGCUCUGAAAGGUUUCUUUUGCUGGCGGGAGGUAGCCUAGAGAUCAGUGAUAUCACGGAAGAUGAUGCUGGAACAUACGCCUGCAUUGUGGACAAUGGGAAUGAGACAGCUGAAGCUCAAGCAGAUCUUACAGUUCUAGCUCCACCUGAAUUUCUGAAGCAGCCUGCUAAUAUUUACGCUCAUGAAUCCAUGGAUAUUGUGUUUGAAUGUGAAGUGACUGGGAAACCAACUCCAACUGUGAAAUGGGUCAAGAAUGGAGACAUGGUGAUCCCUAGUGACUACUUCAAAAUUGCUAAGGAACACAACCUGCAGGUGCUGGGUCUGGUGAAAUCAGAUGAAGGAUUCUAUCAGUGCAUUGCAGAAAAUGAUGUUGGAAAUGUGCAGGCUGGAGCCCAGCUAAUAAUACUUGAACACGAUGUUGCCAUCCCAACAUUACCUCCCACUUCACUGACCAGUGCCACUACUGACCAUCUAGCACCAGCUACAACUGGACCGUUGCCUUCUGCCCCUCGGGAUGUCGUGGCCACCCUCGUCUCUACUCGCUUCAUCAAACUGACGUGGCGGACACCUGCAUCAGAUCCUCAGGGAGACAACCUUACCUAUUCUGUAUUCUACACCAAGGAAGGUAUAAACAGGGAACGUGUUGAAAAUACAAGUCGCCCUGGGGAGAUGCAAGUGACAAUCCAAAACCUGAUGCCAGAGACAGUCUACAUUUUUAGAGUUGUGGCUCAAAAUAAACAUGGCCCUGGAGAGAGUUCAAUACCAUUGAAGGUGGCAACGCAGCCUGAAGUUCAACUUCCUGGUCCAGCACCCAACAUUCGAGCAUAUGCCAACUCUCCCACUUCAAUCACUGUCACCUGGGAAACGCCAUUGUCUGGCAAUGGAGAAAUUCAGAACUACAAGCUUUAUUACAUGGAAAAGGGGAUGGAUAAUGAGCAGGAUGUUGAUGUGGGAGGUCACUCCUACACCAUUAAUGGCUUGAAGAAAUACACAGAGUAUAGCUUCCGAGUGGUGGCCUACAAUAAACAUGGCCCUGGAGUGUCUACCCAAGAUGUUGUUGUGCGAACGCUGUCAGAUGUUCCCAGUGCUCCACCCCAGAAUCUGUCCCUGGAAGUCCGCAAUUCCAAGAGCAUCAUGGUACAUUGGCAGCCCCCUCCUCCUGGUACCCACAAUGGUCAAAUCACUGGCUACAAAAUUCGCUACCGUAAAGUUUCUCGUAAGAGUGAUGUAACAGAGAGCAUCGGCGGGACACAGAUUUUUCAGCUAAUUGAAGGUCUUGAGCGAGGUACAGAAUACAGCUUCCGGGUGGCUGCCUUAACAAUCAAUGGUACAGGACCAGCUACUGACUGGAUAUCAGCGGAAACUUUUGAGAGUGACUUGGAUGAAACUCGCGUUCCUGAAGUACCAAGUUCGUUACAUGUCCGUCCACUGGUUACCAGUAUAGUAGUAAGCUGGACGCCUCCUGAAAAUCAGAAUAUUGUGGUGAGAGGAUAUGCUAUAGGGUAUGGUGUUGGCAGUCCUCAUGCACAGACCAUCAAAGUGGACUACAAACAGAGAUAUUACACCAUUGAGAACUUAGAUCCAAGUUCCCACUAUGUCAUAACUCUGAAAGCUUUCAACAAUGUUGGCGAAGGCAUCCCACUCUAUGAGAGUGCAGUGACCAGGUCACAGACAGACACUUCUGAAGUUGAUGUAUUUGUUAUUAAUGCUCCAUACACUCCAGUGCCAGAUCCCUCCCCCAUGAUGCCGCCAGUGGGCGUUCAGGCUUCCAUUCUGAGUCAUGACACCAUAAGGAUCACUUGGGCAGACAACUCUCUGCCGAAGAAUCAGAAGAUCACAGAUGCUCGCUACUACACAGUGCGCUGGAAAACCAACAUUCCUGCAAACACCAAGUACAAGACUGCAAACACGACCACUUUGAGCUAUUUAGUGACUGGGUUAAAACCUAACACCUUGUAUGAAUUCUCUGUGAUGGUAACUAAAGGUCGAAGAUCAAGCACUUGGAGUAUGACAGCACAUGGAACCACCUUUGAAUUAGUUCCUACCUCUCCGCCAAAGGAUGUGACUGUAGUAAGCAAAGAAGGAAAACCUCGGACCAUAAUUGUGAACUGGCAACCUCCAUCUGAAGCGAAUGGCAAAAUUACAGGAUACAUCAUUUACUACAGCACAGAUGUGAAUGCUGAGAUACAUGAUUGGGUCAUUGAACCUGUUGUGGGAAACAGAUUGACUCACCAGAUCCAAGAAUUAACCCUUGAUACACCAUAUUAUUUCAAAAUCCAGGCACGCAACUCCAAAGGCAUGGGACCCAUGUCAGAGGCAGUCCAGUUCAGAACACCCAAAGCUUCAGGAACUGGAGGUAAAGGAAGUCGGCCAGUGGAUCUAGGACCAGACUACAAACCACCAAUGAGUGGCAGUAACAGUCCUCAUGGAAGCCCCACAUCGCCCUUGGAUAGCAACAUGCUUCUAGUGAUCAUAGUAUCUGUUGGAGUGAUCACCAUUGUGAUAGUGGUGAUUGUUGCCGUCUUCUGCACUCGUCGUACCACUUCUCACCAGAAAAAGAAACGAGCUGCCUGCAAAUCAGUGAAUGGGUCUCAUAAAUACAAAGGAAACUCCAAGGAUGUCAAACCCCCAGACCUCUGGAUCCAUCAUGAGAGACUGGAGCUAAAACCUAUUGAUAAAUCUCCAGACCCCAACCCAAUCAUGACAGACACCCCAAUUCCUCGUAACUCUCAAGACAUCACACCAGUUGACAAUUCCAUGGAUAGCAAUAUCCAUCAAAGGCGGAACUCUUACCGGGGACAUGAGUCGGAGGACAGCAUGUCCACACUGGCAGGAAGAAGGGGGAUGAGGCCAAAAAUGAUGAUGCCAUUUGAUUCUCAGCCACCUCAGCCUGUGAUUAGUGCUCAUCCCAUCCAUUCACUCGAUAACCCUCACCAUCAUUUCCACUCCGGCAGCCUCGCUUCUCCAACUCGCAGCUAUCUUCAUCAUCAGGUCAACCCAUGGCCGAUUGGCACGUCCAUGUCCCAUUCAGACAGGGCCAAUUCUACAGAAUCUGUUCGAAACACACCUAGCACAGACACGAUGCCAGCUUCCUCAUCUCAGACCUGUGCUGACCACCAAGAUCCAGACAGUGCCACAGGAUCGUAUCUGGCCAGUGCACAAGAGGAGGAUUCAAGUCAAAACCUCCCUACUGCCCAUGUCCGUCCCUCUCACCCUCUGAAGAGCUUUGCAGUGCCAGCAGUCCCACCCAGCAGUUCCACAUAUGACCCUGCCUUGCCAAGCACACCAUUACUGUCCCAGCAAGCUUCCAACCAUCCAGUUCACUCAGUGAAGACUGCAUCGAUUGGGACUUUAGGAAGAACUCGACCUCCAAUGCCAGUGGUAGUCCCCAGUGCCCCUGAUGUGCAGGAGACCACUCGAAUGCUUGAGGAUUCGGAAAGUAACUAUGAACCGGAUGAGCUGACCAAAGAGAUGGCCCACCUGGAAGGACUGAUGAAGGACCUUAAUGCCAUCACUACAGCAUGACCACCUUCACCAGGACAUGACUCCAAAUCCAGUUUUACAAGUUUUGGGACUCAGCCUUGGAACACAAGGAAUUGUACAGAGCAAGAGAAGGACAGAACAUGAGAACACACACAGUACAAACCAACCAACCAGUGCAUUAAAUGCUAAUGCCAGUUAAAUAGAUGACCUUUCUCGUCCUUGUCCUAAAAUGAAGUCAUUGCCAAGUUGAAUUCCAUUUGCCUGCUGAGACCAUGCAGGAUGGGACAGAUCAAGCUGAAAUCUAUUAUCCAGACAAACGGAAAGAAAAUAAAAAUAAAAAAGCAGACUUUGCAUUCUUUUUCUGGUCAGGUUUUGUCUCAGUGGUGUGAUUGCCCUGCCUUUUCAGUGUUGGACAUUUGCAUUUAUGUACAAUUUUAUUUGUGUGUUUUUAUUUUAUCUUUUUUUAUAAAAAGAAAAAAAAUGUGUACUCUGA